AUGGCCUCUGACUAUUCUACCCGUCUUCAGGCUAUCCAGCAAAUCCGUCCUCACUCGCCUUCUCCUGCAACUGGGACAGCCCGUUCAAACCUAGCCAAAACCAACUUGCGAGCUUACACGUCCAGAAUGGUCUCUCAAUCGGUCAACAAGACCGCUCUCCACCCAGGUGGUGUUGAGCCGGGUCGUGAACACACAGAACUUGAAGAGGAACUUCACACCACCGCCCACAUUGACUACGACCGAGUGGCCAUUGUUGCCAACCCCUCUGUCUCGGCUCUCUACGAAGAUGCUUUGGUCUACGAGACCGGUACCGCCAUCACAUCUUCGGGCGCCUUGAGUGCCUACUCGGGUAACAAGACUGGUCGUUCGCCGCUAGACAAGCGAGUGGUCCAGGAGGAGAGCUCAGAGAAGGACGUGUGGUGGGGACCCGUCAACAAGCCCAUGUCACCAGAGGUCUGGAAGAUUAAUCGGGAACGUGCCAUCGACUACCUCAACACCCGGAAUCGAAUUUACGUUAUCGACGGUUAUGCCGGCUGGGACGAGCGCUACCGGAUCAGCGUCCGGGUCGUCUGCGCCCGCGCCUACCAUGCCUUGUUCAUGCGCAACAUGCUUAUCAGACCUUCUCGCGAGGAGCUGAAGAACUUCCACCCCGACUAUGUUAUUUACAAUGCUGGCUCCUUCCCCGCCAACAGAUAUACCACUGGUAUGACCAGUGCCACCAGUGUCUCCCUCAACUUUGCCGAGAAAGAGAUGGUCAUCCUCGGAACGGAAUAUGCUGGUGAGAUGAAGAAGGGUGUCUUCACAGUCCUUUUCUACGAGAUGCCAGUCAAGCACAACGUCCUGACCCUCCACUCUUCAGCCAACGAGGGUGAGAAGGGCGACGUGACUGUCUUCUUCGGUCUCUCUGGAACCGGAAAGACGACGCUGUCUGCGGAUCCUAAGCGUAAGCUGAUCGGUGACGACGAGCACUGCUGGUCCGACAAGGGAGUCUUCAACAUCGAAGGUGGCUGCUACGCCAAGUGCAUUGGCCUGUCUGCGGAGAAGGAACCAGAUAUUUUCGGUGCCAUCCGAUUCGGCUCGGUCCUCGAGAACGUUGUCUUCGACCCUGAGACCCGUGAUGUCGACUAUGACGAUGCCACCUUGACCGAGAACACUCGAUGUGCUUACCCCAUCGAAUACAUCAACAACGCAAAGAUCCCCUGUCUGAGCAACAACCACCCCAGCAACAUCAUCCUCCUCACCUGUGACGCCCGUGGCGUUCUGCCACCGAUCUCCAAGUUGAACACUGCCCAAACCAUGUUCCACUUCAUCUCCGGAUACACCUCCAAGAUGGCAGGUACCGAGGACGGUGUCACCGAACCUCAAGCUACCUUCUCUUCUUGCUUUGCUCAGCCUUUCUUGGCCCUGCACCCGAUGCGUUACGCAAAGAUGCUGGCAGACAAGAUCUCAGAACACUCGACCAAUGCUUGGCUGCUGAACACCGGUUGGGUUGGUGCCGGCGCUGCUACCGGCGGCAAGCGUUGCCCUCUCAAGUACACCCGGGCUAUCCUGGAUGCCAUUCACUCUGGUGAGCUUGCCAAGGCCGAAUACGAGACCUACGACAUCUUCAACCUCAGCGUGCCCAAGAGUUGCCCUAACGUUCCGGAUGAGCUCCUGAACCCCAAGAAGAGCUGGACUGGCACGGCCAACUUUACCGAUGAGGUGACCAAGCUGGCUGUUCUUUUCAACGAGAACUUCAAGAAGUACUCCGACCAGGCCACUGAGGAGGUCAUCAAGGCUGGGCCCACCGUGUAA